AUGCUGGUAAUUCUUCUUCUUCUUAAAGGGAAACCACGGAUCUUCCUUGUCCAAAUGUGCACCUUAACUGCUUCUGUUGUUGUCUACUGUUUCCUCAAUGUAUGUCGCCAGCUCAUUCCUAGUCGCAUCGUUUACGGUGAUGAAAUAUUGGCACCAAUAGUAUGUCAUCUGUGGUCGAGCCGAUAUCUCUCCCUCGUGUGUUACACAUUUGCUAUCCUUAUCCUGAAUUUCACGGUUGGAAACAGAGCCAUUCAGAUUUCCUGCAAAUAUCAGUACUCGUUCUCCACGUCUCUCCUGGCCGACAUCGCCUACCUGGGUGGGAUGGGCUUGGUGAGCCUAAUAGCUAUGGUUCCCCAAGCCUAUAUUGUGCAGUGGGAUGGCAAUAGUUGCAAGUGUGUUGAUAAGGAUCUGCCCUAUGGUAUUCUUGUGUUCCUCUACACGGGCAACUUUGUUCGUUUUGGUCUGACUGCAGUCAUCAGUCUCGUGAUAUUGAGCCUCUCCUGCUACAAGAUUAUCUACUGGGUGCGCAACACGCCGGCCGAUCAACUUUUCGACACUUGGAACAUCCUAUCUCUUCCGGGCACGACAAAGGAGCAGAUAAAAGCAUUCGGUCGACCACAGGGUUGGCUCACUGCGACUCUCUGCACUGUACCACUGUCGGUGAAUCUCCUUGCAAUCAGUAUUUUUGACACUGGACGCACUUUAUUAUGUUCUCUGGGAUUGUGUAUUAUACACAUAGACUCCCCAAUUUCACAUGUUAUCGAACUUUUGCUAGAUAUCCAACUGCUCCUUGUACCGGUCAUAUUCACCAUCUAUAUUCCGGCCGUUCGACAGUUAGUAUUGCGGGGCGGUCAUAUGAUUACCUUCCUAUGUCGAAGGCUACGAAAUUGA